GUAUGGGUUUGUUGAAUUUGAUGACCCCCGUGACGCAGAUGAUGCUGUGUAUGACCUGAACGGCAAAGAGCUGUGUGGAGAACGGGUCAUUGUGGAGCACACCAAGGGACCCCGGCGUGACGGAGGCUAUGGUGGAAGGAAGUCCUUUGCUGACUGCCUGCCCCUAUUGCUGGCCAUGGUGUCCCCCCUUUCCAAGAGUGUGGUUUGACCAUUCUGGGCCCCUGGGCAGACCAAAAAAGGGAGCCAUUGUGAAUGAAGACCGCUUUUCCCAUUAGGCCCAGGCCGGGUGGUGAGGAUGCCAUGGGGUUAGGAACAGAUGUGGGUUCAGCUCUUAUAGGUGGAUAUGGGCGCUGGGGAAGAGACAGAUAUGGUCCACCUAUAAGGACAGAUUAUCGGCUCAUUGUUGAGAAUCUUUCCAGCCGCUGCAGCUGGCAGGACUUGAAGGACUACAUGAGGCAGGCAGGGGAGGUGACUUACGCUGACACCCACAAGGGCCGGAGGAACGAGGGGGUGAUCGAGUUCAGGCUCUACUCUGACAUGAAGAGGGCUCUGGAGAAGCUGGACGGCACAGAGGUGAACGGCAGGAAGAUCCGGCUCAUUGAGGACCGCCCCGGAGCCAGACGUCGCCGCUCUUACUCUCGCAGUCGCAGCCACUCCAGAUCCCGCUCCAGGAGCCGCAGGUCCCGCAAGAGCCGCAGCCGCAGUGAAAGCAGCAGUCGCAGCCGCUCCCACUCCAGGGCGGCGUCCCGCUCCCGCAGCCGAUCUCGUAGCAAGAAGAACAAGGGCAAGGGCAAGAAGGAGGAAGAGGAGCGCAGCAACGGCGCUCAGAAGAGCAAGGACCGCAGCAGGAGCCGCAGCCCCAAGAGCAAAAAGAGCAAGAAAGACGGGAAGAAGAGCAAGAAGGAGGAUUCCCGCUCCAGAUCCCGCUCUCGCUCCAGGUCUCGUUCCAGAUCAGGAAUCAAGGAUCGCUCAAGGAAAUCAGGCUCAAAGGGUCGCGAGCAGCCCAAGAGCGACGACGAGGGAGGCGAGCCUGAGAGGGGCUCUCGUUCCCGUUCCCGCAGCCCCGCUGAUUCCAAAUCCAGAGCCAGGUCUUCUAAAUCCAAGUCCAAAUCCAAAUCCCGUUCCCCGUCACCUGCCAAAGCCCGCUCCCACUCCCGGUCCGCCUCACGCUCAGAGUCCCGCUCCAAAUCCCGCUCGCAGUCUCGCUCUCGCUCCCGUUCCCGCUCCUAGUUCAGAGUUUGGACUGUUUGUCAUGAUGAGCCCUUAUCCCAGUGUCUCCCCCUGUCCUCCAUUUACAUUCCCCAAACCCCACAACACUACCCCUGCCUCCUGUUUUUUGAUAAAUAGCUGUAGAAAACCAGGCACUCAUGCUCCAUGUCAUUUAUGCACACGCUACUCCAUUUCAUCUGACUUUUACUCAGCAUAUUUUUUCAUUAGAGCGGUCUCGUAUGGAGGUGUUUGUAAAAUAACAGGGUGAAAUCUCAGUUUUAUAAGUUUAAUUGAUGGGUUUGUGUCUUAGCCUUUUUUUAAUCAAAUGUAGAAGCGUACUGUUUUUUUGUCAAUAUGCUGGGUGGGAGUAUGUUCUUGAACAUCUCCUCACCUCUGUGAGAUCCUUGUAUCAUUUUCAGAUUAAAAAAUGCCUGUUCUGGA